AUGGGGAGGGAAAAAGCAGGAUCUAAGCAAGAGGGUCUGGCUGCAGACCCAGGGGCGAGUGGAGCUCCACUCAAGAGCGGAAAUGCGUCACCUCCACUAGCGACGCGUCCGUCAUGUUGGUCCGGGCAAGACUGCCAUAAAACUGAUGAAGGUGUGUUUGGUGCUGAUGAAGAUGAAGUGAAGCCAGUGUCAGUGAUGGAGGGAGAUUCUGUCACUCUAAACCCUGAUCUCACUAAAAUACAGGGAUUUAAUCAGAUACUUUGGAGGUUUGGCAGUCAGGGCUCUACCAUUGCUAGAAUUGUUGAAAAGGUGAUCUCAGAUGAAGAAGAGGAGAUAUUCAGAGGCAGACUGCAGCUGGAUCAGACUGGAUCUCUGACCAUCAAGAACAUGAAAACCAAACACUCUGGUCGUUAUAAAGCAGAGAUCAGCCACAGCGCUGGGGCGUUGUUCACAAUAUUCAUUGUUACCGUCUAUGAGUCUCCGGCUGUUGUUGAUCCUGCUAAAGGUGAAAUGAAGAUUGUGUCAGUGACGGAGGGAGAUCCUGUCACCCUUCAGACUGAUGUUACUGAACUACAGGGAGAUGAGCUGAUAGUGUGGAGGUCUGGAGACCUCAUAGCUAAACAUGAUACAGAGGCCAAGAGCUCAAGAUUAUAUGAUACUGAAGAGAGAUUCAGAGACAGACUGCAGCUGAAUGAUCAGACUGGAUCUCUGAUCAUCACAAACACCAGAACCACAGACUCUGGACCUUAUACAGUGAAGAUCAGCAGCAGAAAACAGACUUCAGACAAGAGAUUCACUGUCAGUGAUUCAGGUCUGUCUCCAUAUGCUAUAGCAUGGAUAGUUGUUGUUGUUCUGCUGGUGUCUGCAGCUGCUGUUGGUUUGAUGUACUUAUGUCGCCCCAGGACCACUAAUCUACCAGGCCAAACGUGGUCAGUGCUGCCGGGAGAUGAUAUCACUCUAAACCCUGAGACUGAAAUACAGACCAGUGAUGAGAUACAGUGGCUGCACGGAGAUGAAGAGACUCUCAUAGCUGGAAUCAGAAGAGAUAACAGAGAGAUGAACACAUAUUGGGGUCCUGAUGAGAUAUUCACGUACAGACUGAAGCUGGACAAGACGACUGGAUCACUGACCAUCAAGCUCAUCGAUACUGAACAUGCUGGACUUUAUACUCUGAAGAUCAGAAGAGGCAGAGAAACCUUACACAAAAGAUUCAUGGUUUCUAUCGAAGAGAGGAAGAUAAGAGUGACGGAGGGAGAUCCUGUCACUCUAUACUCUGAUACUGUAAUACAGACAGAUGAUGAGAUGCAGUGGCUGUUUGAUGAUGAAGAGCAGCAGACUGUCUUGGCUGAAAUCAAGACCACAGAGGUGACUAAAUAUGAUGGUCCUGAUGAGAGAUUCAGAGACAGACUGGAGCUGGGCGCGGAGACAGGAUCACUGACCGUCACAAAGUACACAGCUGCACACUCUGGAGUCUACACUCUGAAGAUCAGAAGAGGCACAGAAACCUCUUACAGAAGAUUCUACAUUUCUGUUGAACCGAGGGAGAUAGAAGUGAUGGAGGGAAAAUCUGUCACUCUAAACCCUGCUACUGAAAUAAACAAAGAUGAUGUGAUACUGUGGCUGUUUAGUGAUGAAGAGCAGCAGACUCUUAUAGCUGAAAUCAAAGGAGAGACCAAAGUCUUUACACGUGAUGAUGCUGCUGGUGGGAGAUUCAGAGACAGACUGAAGUUGGACGAGACGACUGGAUCUCUGACCAUCAACAACACCAGAACCACAGACUCUGGAGCCUAUAAACUACAGAUCACAUCCAGCAGAGGGGCUUCAGACCAGACAUUUAUUGUCACUAUCAAAGAUAAAGUGGAGAAGAAAUUACUGAACGAGGGAGAUUCUGUCACUCUAAACCCUGAUACUGAAAUACAGAGAGAUGAUCAGAUCCUGUGGAUGUUUGGAGCUCAAGACGAUCUCAUCGCUCAAAUCAGAGGAGGGACUGUAGAGAUAUAUGAUGAUGGUAUUAAUAAGAUAUUCAGAGACAGACUGAAGCUGGACAGGACGACUGGAUCACUGACCAUCACAGACAUCUCAACUGAACACACUGGACUUUAUAAACUAUUGACCAUCAGCAGCAGCAGAGGGAUCUUGUUCAAGAAAUUUAAGGUUUUAAUACACUUGGAGUAUGUGUCAGUGACUGCAGGAGAGUCUGUCACUCUAAAGACUGGUCUUACUGGAGAACAUACAGCUGAUGAGAUACAGUGGAGGUUUGGAGAUGAAAACUCUCUCAUAGCUGAAAUCAAAGGAGGGACUGGAAAGACACAUGUUGGUCCUGAUGAGAGAUUAAGAGACAGACUGAUGCUGAACAACACGACUGGAGAUCUGACCAUCAAGAACUCUACAGCUGAACAUGCUGGAUGUUAUAAACUGAAGAUCCGCAGCAGUGAAGGGGACACAAGCAGGACAUACAUUGUUAAUAUCAGAGUGAGGUAUAAGACAGUGACUACGGGAGAGUCUGUCACUCUAAAGACUGGUCUUUAUAAUAUACAGACAGAUGAUGAGAUACAGUGGAGGUUUGGAGAUGAAAACUAUCUCAUAGCUGAAAUCAAAGAAGGGACCGUAGAGACAUACAAUGUUCCUGAUGAGAGAUUCAGAGACAGACCGGAGCUGAACGAGACGACUGGAGAUCUGAUCAUCAGUAACUCUACAACUAAACAUGCUGGAUGUUAUAAAGUGAAGAUCCACAGCAGUGAAGGGGACACAAGCAGGACAUACAGUGUUUUUAUCAGAGGUGCUGCUGUCACAAAUGAAGCGAGGAAGAAAUCAGAGACGAAGGAGAAGAACGACUCCAGAGAGAACCGAGAGAAUGAAUCAGCGACUGUAGAGAUACCGCUGUUGAAUGGAGAGGAUGUUGGAUGGAGUGAAUGAGGAGGAGGGGACGAGUUCACUUUAAUAACAUAAGACCCGCCCACAAGUGUCAAUCAUUCUGACAUCAUCAACAUUUCAGUUCCAGCUACAACAACAAAACAUUUUUAAUUUGAAAGAUGCUAUGUGUUAUUACUCUGACUCUGCCAACAAAUCUAAAAAUAUAUAUUUUCAACUUUUAUUUAGUUUGGCAAUUUUUUUUUUACCAUAAACAAACAAAUGUAUGGGCUCAAUUCCUUCUUUCACAUUUUCUGAUCGAGGUUGACUCACUGCUCGUCUUUUUGUUUGACUGGAAAUAAAAAAUGUGUCAGGUUUUUGAAACUAUAUGAAAAAUUAAUUUCUAUUGACUCUAAGUUCAGACAGCUCUCUUUCGUUGCUCUUAUUAUUAUUAUUAUAUUUUCCCCUUAUUGUAAGCUAUCUACCCCUUUAUUUUGUUUUAAUUUUCCUAAUUGUAUGUAUAAAGUUAUUCUUACUUAGUUAUCCUCUUUUCUUUGAUAAUGUUCUCCUGAAAGUGUUUGUAUAUUUUCAUCUUUUUUUAUUAUUAUUAUUUAACCCUUUACUGCAUGCAUUAUGAUGGACCUAUAAAAAAAUAUAUAUAUUUGA